UUUCCAGAGUUUCAGCAUAUCGGCUACUUUUCCCUGCUAUCCUAUUCCUGGGUUUGGUGCAGGGCAUUCUACUGUUAAGAGCUUUUCAACUCCUUCAGAGGAGAAGCCAGGUUUCUCGAGGACCUGUAUAUAGUAGUUUUUGGAUUUAGCGCAUAACUUUAUAACUUUGCCGUGCCAAAUGGAAAAUUAACUUUAUCUUAUAUACUACCAGUCAUCACGGGACUUUACUCUCUGUUGCAGUAAUUCGGACUUCCAGGCAGCAUCCAAUUAGUUUGCAACACCCUGUAAGCAAGGGCUCAUGUGCUUAUUUAUUAGGUCAGGCUCGACGAUGAUCAACACUCAUAACUGGAGCAAGCUGCGAGGACCAGUUGCAAGCAGUAAGUCUUGGCUUACUUAUUUUUACAAGUACGUCAGCUCUUGAGAGAACCUUUGAACCUUGUGGUGGUCCAUUAGCGAGUGGUGAAAUCUCGUCGAGUCUGUCUUAAGCAGUAAGCGGGAUGACCCCAUUGGAAGCUGCCUGAAAGGCCGAUUUGCUGAAGCAGAGAGGUAACUUUAGUUAACCACAGGUCUUUAAAUUAGUGUCACCUCUGUUGCAGUCAUUCCGCCUUCAGGCAGCAUCCAAUUAGCAUGCAACACCCUGUAAGCAGGGCUCACUUGCUUACUUAUUGAGCAGAGUCGACGCGAUCUGAUUAAACACAAAGGCCGAAUUGCUGAAGCUAUGUAACUAGUUAACCAUAAGACUUUACAUUUUUAUAAGUUUCCACUAGCCUCCGCCUUCCAUCCAGCACAAAGUUUACAGCAUCCCUGUAUAUAACCUGGUUAUUGUUUAGGGCAGACUGGUCAUGGGUACUCUCAACAGCUGGCUGCGAACUCCCCAAGGCCUUUCGCUAGUUGUCAUCUUACUACAAUCAAUAGCUCCUUUCAACACCGGCCCUGGAGGAAACGAAGCGACCCACUGUUAACGCCAAAGCCGGUACCAAGUUGAGAAUUCCUGGCCUGCCCGAAGACCGUUCGGAAAAUGGCAAAGGGAAAAGGAAAGUCAGCAGGGCAGGGGGUGUAUUUUCGCAGUGCGAGGUCCGGUGUUUGAGGUGUGGAUUUGUCAGUAAUGAAUAAAGGUGGGAAGAAAGGCGGCAAUAAGAAAGUGAAUGGGCCCCAGUCUACGGAGGACGGGAGGUCGCCAUCUUCCAUGAACCUCCUUGCUGCCCAGCUCGCUAACUGCAGCGGAAACUCGACCCUUUCUAAGCCUGCGAAGAAGAUGACGAUCCUGAAGAAGAAGGUCGUGAAGAAGGGCGAGGACGAGGGUCUGAAGAACGCCCUCGCGCUCAAGGCAGGCCAGACGGAAGCGGAGCCGAAGCAGAAGAAGAUCGCCAAGAGGAAGAAGGACGCGAAGCCGCCGGAGAAGCAGGCGUCCGGUGAGUGCGUCGAGGCGUCUAGGUCGAACACGAGCAUGAAGAAGUCGACGAAGAAGUCGUCCAAGGAUGAGAUCGGCCCCACCCCGAGCAAGGUGUCGCUCAAGGAGAAGCCGAAGGAGUCGUUGAAGACGGUGAAGAGGCCCCAGAGGAAGAACGGGACCGCGGUGAAGAAGGACCCGCCGGUGAAGGAAGCGCGCCGGGCCCUGGAUAAAAGGCCGGCAAAGUUCGACCAGCCGGCCGUACGCGGAUCCUCCUCGUCGGCCGUUCUCCCGUUCCCCAAGGACGUCAUCAAGGAUCACAGGGGCGCCAGCCCGGCCGCAUCCGCCACGGACGUGCUGAAGUGCGUCUCGUUCCACGCGCCGACACUCGACGAGAACGACUUCUGGGGCAACGCGUGGAAGGACGGCGUCAAGUUCGACCCGACGGCGGACGAGGAGUUCAUUUCGAAGCUGAAAAGCUCGGACAAACGCGUCUGGAAGGGGACCAAGUUCAAGAAACGCGUCUCAAGGAGUCCCGUCCUCAGUGAGAUAGACGAAGAGCCUGACGAACGAUACGACCUCGUGCCCGUGAAGGAGAAGAAGUUCGCCCGGGAGAAGAACCCGAUCAGGUACGGUCAUACGAAAUUCGUCCCCGUGAGGCCGAAGAAGAGCAUCAAGGAGAUCAACAAAUGAAGUCGGUGUCAAAUAAUGAAAAAUCGUCGUAUAUAUUUAUUUUUUAUUUACAAAAGAGGAAAAAAUGAUAAUUUUCUAUAA